AUGCGUUCACUUCAGGCAUUGGCCUUGGGCCUUGCUCUGACCCAGUCAUCCUCCGCCCGUGUAACCAAUGGAGCAACUUUAGAAGACCGUCAAGUCUCCACUCCCAACUCUGGCAGUGUUGCCAACUGGCUAGGACGUCUCUUCCACAGAGAAGCGCAAAUCACAUGCUUUGAGGAUGAAUACUACGAAUUCGUUUCACAGCCCACCUUUGGCGAACAGUUUUGUCAAGAGUUUAUGAGCUAUCCUGCCUUUACGACUACGGUGGUAACCUCUCCUGUGACUACUACGACAGAAGUCUACUCCACCAUUACUGUCACCAAGCAAGAAGUUCAAUACACCACCGUCGUGACCACUGCAGCGACCGUCACCAUUACGCCAACUCCCGUAGCCAAACGGGAUGCGUCUCUUGACGUGAACGAGCUCUUUCAGGGAUUUCGCAGGCAGAAGGGAGCGCUCAACGACACUGUUAUCGAUACCCCACAAAUGUCGGCCUCCUUUUCGAGUGCAUGCGAUUGCCAGACUUAUGCUGGCCCGACAGUCACUGCGACUCAAACAGACUCAGCCAAGGUUGCUACCGUUAGAGCUUUUGAAAAAAUCACCACUACAGUCGUGUCUGUUCAAACAAACGGAGUAAUCACCGCGACUGCAACCGUGACUGCUUCAGCGACACCAACACCGACUGCUCCAGCAUUCAGCUGUCCAGAGGACAACAACUCCACCGUUAGCCAACUGAUCGGUAACGAACGAUUCGACUACCUCGUCCUGUGUGACACUGAUCUUGGCGAUCUCGACUUCUAUGGUGUUCUGUCAUAUAAUAGCUUUUCUGAGUGUGCUGCUGCCUGUUCCGUUGCUGAUGCUCGCUUCGACUCGCCAGUGUGCCAGGGUUUCUCGUACUACUCUACCAAUGCCGCUUACAACUGUUUCCUCAAGGGAACAGCCAACCAGACCGUGCCCGCUCCUGGCGUCGACAGUGCUAUUCUCCAAAGAAUCGCCGUAGGACUGACGGAAGACGUGCCUGCUGGAACGAAUACCGAAUCUGCUCCUUUCAUGGGUGAAACCCAGACUCUUGAUCCCAGCCAGCUGAGCUCGUCCAUGUCGGUCAUAAUUGCCAACAGCUCCACUUCUAUUCCAGUGAUUACGCCGGGCCCAGCUCCCAUCAUGGUCAGCGGCCGUCCAGUCAAUCCAGGCGAGACUGUCUACUCCACUACCAUCAUCGACGGAAGCACUUACUCCUCGGGCACAGUAUUCUCCACGUACUACAGUGCCAAUGGUAGCUGGUACUAUACAUACUACACUGCUUUUACUCAAGCUUGGGCUUCGGAAACCACCGUCUACGCAUCGACCGAGACCGGUACCUCCAUCAGCAAUACUACAGACACGGAGACCACCACGCAGGCCGGCAACAAUGGUGAAUACUAUACCAUUACAGUCACGAACACGACAUCAUACUUCCCAGGCGGCUACAAUGUUACCGAAGUUACUGCCAACGUUACUUCGGCUUCCAAUGGCACCCAAAUCGCCUCCAGCGCUGUCACAAGCUACUAUUCCGUUGCAACUAGUAACUCGGGAGGCGGCAGCGGAGGUGGUGGAGGUGGUGGAGCUGGCGGCAUUGCUUCAAGCGGGGCUGGCAAUAUCACGGCCACAUCCGUCGUCUCCACAUUCACCGUCUUUUCCAACGGCGGCCAGGCCGGUGGCGGGAAUGGAGGCGGUGGAUCAGGCGUCGUGCAAACCCCUGCGCCUUCUGUGUUUGUCACAUCUGGUGGGACAGCGUUCAGUUCAGGCUUUGCGGCUUCAGGGAUAAUCACUGAGGGCUCUGGCACGCCCCUUUCAGUCCUUUCAACCAUUGUGACUAUUGGAGGGACGGCUUUCAGUUCAGGCUUCGCUGCUUCUGGUGGAGGUGGAGGAGCAGGAAGUGCCUCGUCGACAGUUGCAUCGGGAGCGACAACCUCUCCUAAUCCGCUCACGGCGAUAUCAUCCACCAUCGUCGUUGGCGGGACCGCGUUCAGCUCAGGCUUCGCAGCUUCUGGUGUAGUCUCUGAUGCCGACAGUGCAAGCUCUACGACACCCUCUACUGGUGUCGUUACACCGCCUGGUACUCUUCCCGUCCCGAUCUCCUCUACACGGAACUCCACUGGUACCAGCGGUGCGAGCUCUACCGCUGCUUCGGGUAGCAUUCCAUUCACAAACUCCAAUGGCAUUCGAUCGGGCACGCUGUCUACUUCGUCGCCAACGUCGUCUCCGUCGGCAUCACCAUCAAGCGGAUCUCCCGCUGUGUCAUCGUCAAGCAGUUCAUUGUCCUCAUCGUCACGAAGUGGCUCCUCAUCUGUACCACGRUCAAGUGUACCGCUCAGCACGACCAGGUCAGCGAGCACCAGUCUUGCUGGUACCCCAUCGACCCAAUCCGCUCCCCGUCCCACCGGUCCAGUUCCGUACAACUACGUCCCUUUCACCAAUUCCAAUGGUCUUAGAACGAACAUCCCAUCUGGGUCAAGCGUUCCACCAGGUUUCGUCACGGCGAGUGAAUUGAUAUCCUCUGGUUUCUUCUCCUCAGGCACAGGAUUUGUCCUCACAGGCACCGCACCUACAUCAGCUCUUGUCUCGACUGCCACUCGAGCAGGAGUGACGCAGUUGAUCCCAUAUCCAACCAUCGGAGCAGUAUCUUCCGGCUUCGCCUUCUCCUCUGGCUUUGGGUUAUCAGGUACCGCACCCACGUACAUACCGUCCGGAUUCGCGUCGACAGGUGUCAUGCCAUCCUCUUCAAGACCCUCAGGAACUCGUCCUCUUUCCUCCACAAUCACAGCCUCUUCGGGCUUCCCAUUCACCAACUCCGAGCUGCCACGAACAGGCACCCUCCGAACCUCGACAGGAACAUCACCUGCAAGUGCAUCUCCUCCCUAUCCAACAACAGGAGGAGCAACCAGCUGUGUCCCAAGCUACCUCGGCACGACCACGAUAUUCAGUACCGUGACCGAAUAUGGUUGCUAUUCCAAUUGCCCCGCGCAAGCUUCAGCCCCAUUGACAUUUGGACCCCCAAGCGUGGAAACCAAUCGUCCGGGAGGAUACUGA